AUGUUGUGGAUCUGGGUUCCUGGAAUCCUAGGCCUGUUUGGCCGUGUAGAAGCGCUAUGGCCACAACCCAGUGAAUACUCACACGGGAAUAAAACCCUGUGGCUGUCUCCAUCCGUCCGGUUUACCUACACUAACAAUCAGCGGUCUUUUAUAUAUACGCGGCCUAGUUAUGCAGGCAUUAACUGGAUACCCGGAGGCUGGCUAAACCUGCUGCAGAACCCUUGGGGUAGCGCAGAACAAACAGUUGCAGAACCGCUCCCCAAUGUUGAGCAAUUUGUUGAAGAUGCUAUAAAACGUACCAAGCAUGCUAUUAUUAAUAGCAAAUUUGUCCCUUGGAAGUUUCAUCCGCGUCAUCAAAAGUUUGAACCCUUGGUAGAUGGCCAACAUCCGACUAUCGAAGAGGUUAUAAUCAAUGAGGCGUCAAAAACGAGUCAAGAAUGGUCUCCUCGCAACUACGUUAAUGGGGAUGAAAAGUACGAAAUUAGGAUCUCGGAAGAUGGUGAGGUGCAGAUCUCCUCGAGAUCACCGAUUGGCACUAUUCGUGCUCUUCAAACAUUCCAGCAGCUGUUUUACUCCCACUCCCAUUCAAAGUCAUACACACCCUUUGCUCCAAUUUCCAUAUCGGAUUCUCCCAAAUGGCGACAUCGUGGGCUGAACCUUGACAUAUCUAGAAACGUGAUUCGACCCGAAGACGUCAAGCGCACUAUUGACGCAAUGGCAUCUGUAAAACUGAACCGGCUGCAUGCCCACGCUGCCGACUCACAAUCCUGGCCGUUAGACAUUCCUUCAAUCCCAGAACUAGCAGCCAAAGCCUCGUACCAUCCGAGUCAGGUAUGGUCGUCUUCUGAAUUGGAGGCGGUGCAACUAUAUGGACUAGAACGCGGGGUCUCGGUAUUCCUUGAGAUUGAUUUGCCCGGCCAUACUGCUGCCGUUGGCCAUGCAUUCCCCGAUUUAGUUGCAGCCUACCAUAUGGACCAGUGGGAGAAAUAUGCCGCGGAACCUCCAAGUGGUCAAAUUAAACUGAAUUCUUCUGCCGUAUACCAGUUCCUUGAUCUGCUGAUGGCAGAUUUAAUCCCACGUGUCUCCCCGUUAACAGAAUACUUUCACACUGGAGGAGAUGAAUUCAACCUCAAUACCUACCUUUUAGAAAUUAACCUAGGCUCAAAUGACCGACGAGUCCUCACUCCCUUUCUCGACAGAAUGAUCACACAUGUUCACAGCUCACUUCGAAGUUCUGGAGUUACUCCGAUUGUAUGGGAAGAGUUGGUCCUUGAUUGGGAUCUCAACCUGCCUUCUCACAAAACAGCGGGUGAAACUGGAGGGGUCAUCGUGCAGGCAUGGCGUAACUCAUCAGCAGUGAAACAUGUCCUCCAAAAAGGGUAUCAGACGAUAUUUGGCACUGGAGAUGCUUGGUAUCUUGACUGCGGGGUAGGAACUUUCCUAAACCCUCGCCCAGGUUCCAAGGCAGUCCAGAAUCCGUAUCUAGACUGGUGUGCACCGACGAAAAACUGGAAACACAUGUAUGUAUACAACCCUCUAAAGGAUAUACCUGUCGAGUUACAGUCCCUUCUGGUUGGAGGUGAAACGCAUAUGUGGUCAGAGCUGGUUGAUCCAGUCAACAUGGACCAAAUGAUCUGGCCCCGGGCCGCCGCCGCCGCCGAAGUUCUUUGGACAGGGCCGAGAUCGCCAGAUAAUAUCCAGGACGCCUCAUAUCGAUUGGCAAAGUGGAGAGAGCGCGUAGUGAAUGAUGCCGGAAUCCGUGCUGCUAUGGUCCAAAUGACGUAUUGUCUCAUGCGGGAAAGCGGAUGCGAGCUCUAA